UCGCCGUACCGCUCAGCUCGCUCAACUUCGAUCCGUAGCCGGAUCCGGCGGCCUUUCGCUCGACUCGCGCACAAAGUUCUUAAAUAUAAUUUUCAAUCAAUGAAAUUAAAUGCAACAAAUUAACGCACACGAAAAUACACAACAAAAAUAAAUAAAUAAAUUAAUCUAAUCUAAUCUAAUCAAUCUGCUGGCGGCCAUCUUUUUGCUGGCACUGUUUCAGUGUCGCCGUCCCGAGUCACGGCACCCGUUAGAAGGGAGAAAGGAAACGAACGAAAAUUAUAAUUUGCAACACGUGUUGACACAGUGCGUAUGAAAGAUGUGCGGCCCUGCACAAGUGAGCUUCGGUGCUGCGUGAGUGUGGCGCCCCGCCGCUGGUGGUGCAAAUGUGUUAAUACUCGCCUCUGUGUGCGAGUGUGCGAGUGUGCAAGUGUGCAAGUGUGCAAGUGUGUGUGUGUGAUAGUGCCUGGCACAGGGCCCCCCUCCGAAAAGUCGGAUAUAUCAUUAUUAUCUUUUGUUUGGAUACAUCGGCAUAAAUCGGCAUCGCAGAGUCCAAGUGUAACAAAAGCACAAAACUAAAGCAAAAGCAAAAGCAAAAGCAAAAGAACAAACACGGAUAUGUACGAACAACAAUAAAUAAUCAAACUACAGCGCUCAAAUUACCAAAGAAUCUGAAGGACCUUUUGUAGGAUAAGAGCUCCUCCGUGAUCCCACCACAGUGAUCGCUAAUUGCACGCACAUAGAACGGACUGCCCACCACCCACCUGCCCAUCCUAACCCCAACCUCAACCCCAACCCCAUCCCCAGAUCCAAUUCCGAUUCCCGCCCAAAAUGCUUCAACAUCCUGCCACAGAUUUCUACGAUUUGGCCGCAGCCAAUGCGGCCGCUGUCCUCACCGCCCGCCACACACCCCCCUACAGCCCCACUGGCCUGAGUGGCUCGGUGGCGCUCCUCAACAACAACAACAACAACAGCAGCAGCACCGGCAACAGCAACAACAACAACAAUAACAAUCUGGACAUUAUGACGCACAAUGGAGUGGGCGGCGGCGGAGGAGGAGGAGGACUGCACCUGACCGGGGGCAGCAAUGGUGGAGUGACGGGAGGCGGUGCCUCCGGCGGCAGGGAGAAUCUGCCGAGCUUCGGCUUCACCCAGGAGCAGGUGGCCUGCGUCUGUGAGGUGCUGCAGCAGGCCGGCAACAUCGAAAGACUGGGUCGCUUCCUCUGGUCGCUGCCACAAUGUGAUAAGCUGCAGCUGAACGAGUCCGUGCUGAAGGCCAAGGCGGUCGUUGCAUUCCAUCGCGGCCAGUACAAGGAGCUGUAUCGCCUGCUCGAGCACCAUCACUUCUCGGCCCAAAAUCACGCCAAGCUCCAGGCCCUGUGGUUGAAAGCGCAUUAUGUGGAAGCCGAAAAACUGCGCGGAAGACCCUUGGGUGCUGUUGGCAAAUAUCGGGUUCGUCGCAAAUUUCCAUUGCCCCGCACCAUCUGGGAUGGCGAGGAGACGAGCUACUGUUUUAAGGAGAAAUCCCGCUCCGUAUUGAGAGACUGGUACUCGCACAAUCCAUAUCCAUCGCCCCGGGAGAAACGAGAUCUGGCCGAGGCCACCGGACUGACCACCACCCAGGUUUCCAAUUGGUUCAAGAACCGACGACAAAGAGAUCGAGCCGCCGAGCAUAAAGACGGCUCCACGGACAAGCAACACUUGGACUCCUCCAGCGACUCGGAGAUGGAGGGCAGCAUGUUGCCCAGUCAAAGCGCACAACAGCAGCAGCAGCAGCAGCAGCAGCAACAGCAGCAGCAGCAGUCACCCAACAACAACGUCCUGCAUCAACAGCAACUGCAGCAUGCUGCCGCCGAACAGAGUCUGCAACAUCAUACGCAUCAGCAACACCAUCCCGCCGCCGCUGGGGCCACAAGCGUUGCCAGCAAGACAGGUCACAGCGGGGCAGGCGGCGGUGGCGGUGGCGGGGGCGGUGGUGUUGCUGCAACAGCAACACAAAUGCAAAUGCCGCCCCUCUCCGCUGCCGUCGCCUACUCCCACCUGCAUAGUGUGAUGGGCGCCAUGCCCAUGACCGCCAUGUACGACAUGGGGGAGUAUCAGCACUUAUGAUUCUAGUUGGAGGCGGCUGCUGCCGCAACCAGCGCAACCAGCGGGAGCGGGAGCGGGAAGGCAAGAUCAAGUGCCGUCGAAGCCGCCGCCAGCAGCAGCAGCAGCAGCAACAAUGCCUACGGGUGGCACCAUCAGCGCCAGCGCCAGCAGGAUCUGUCGGAUAGCUUUUACUUCUGAUCCCGAGCGGAGCUGGACGGAACCUUAGCAAUAUUUAGAUAGAGAG